CGUGUACUAGCUCAAUUAUGAGAAUAGGUGAGUCCGUUACAUAACAAAAUCUUAAAUAUGCCCCUAUAUCGAAGCACAUAUAUAUAGUGCUAUUCAAUCACUCCAAUGGAAAUUAAACCCCCACUCUCUCGUCUUCUUCCCAUAUUGAUUUAACUUCCUCUUAAAUAAAUGGAGGAAAAUUAAAUUAUUGAAUAGCUUCCAUGGAUGAAAAUUCAACCAAAAUAAAUAAAUGCCAUUCUCACUAAACCACUUCAGAGUGAUAGCACUAUGGCUUCCCAUCCUCUAAUUUCCACCAUUGUUGCUCUCUACACUAUAAUUCUCCUCUACUUCCCCGCAAUUGCUGCUUCUCCAUUAAUCAUUUCCACUUCUGUUCUAUUACUUUCCCUUCUCAGACUCGGUGCAGCUCAAAGAAUUUCCCAAGAGAAUAAAAAACCCGAACCCCAGGUCCCAUCAUUACACGUUACGCCUGAUUUUGCUAACCAUGACGAUUGCACCAACUUUGAAAACGAUCCGGGUCCACAACCCGUACUGGAUCCAGUUCCUAUAGGGUUUCAUGACGACUGCUUGGUUGUGGAGUCCAAUAGUGAAAAGGAUUCGGUAUUUGAGCCGGAAGAGAGACCGUUUUAUGGGGAGUGCUUUGUGGAGUGGAAUGUAAGGGCGCCAUUGGAAGUGAUAUACGAAGCGUACGAAGAAGAAGAAGAAGAAGAUGAGGGUACAGAGGAGAAGAGAAAGGAAGCAUUUGGGGUUAUUGAGAGAUACGCUUCGUUGUCUAUGUACUACCCGGAAACUGAUACCGAUACGGAUACUUCGUCGGAUGAUGGGGGUUCACCGAUCAUCGGAAACUGGGAUGAUUCGCCGGAGAAUGUGUGUUUCCGAUGGGAAGAUGAAGAUAAAGAAGAGUUGAUAGAGAUUGAAUUGGAUUCCAAGAGAAAUAGCGAAGUUGAGGAAGAGAAUUUGAUCGAAAUUGAUCUAAGUUUUUCGGCGAGAUGAUUCGUCUACGCGCGCAAGCUGGUUCGGACACGAUGGAUAAAGAAAGACAAGUGUGGGUUUUACACGUAGUUAACUGUAAUUAACUAAUUUUAACGAUAUAAAAGAGGCUUUUGGGGGGUUUUCAUUUGUUUUCUUCAAGGGGGUUUCCCAUUUUGGGAAAAUGACUAAAAAGAGUUUAGUGUGUGGUUUUGCGUCAUUAAGUGUGUAUUAAGCCCUUAACUAAUGAUUUGUUGAUGUGUUAAAUGACCAAAAAAACCUAUAAGAGUUUUAUUUUAUCGUGAA